UUGACUUCAUCCUCAAUAUAGAGCCACUUUCCACUUCCACACUUGGCAAUUCGAGCUAUGCCAAGAUGUCUCCCGGAAAUAAUGAGAAGUAUGAAAGAUUUAAAGAAUUAUGGAUAAUUUAUGGAGACUACGGCGUAUUGCUUCUAGUUGCGUUGUGUUAUUUCAUUCUAGAUGUUACGAUGCUUCCCUUUCAGAGGGAAUUCUCCUUAGAGGAUUUAACAAUUUCUCAUCCUUAUGCUAAACAUGAAAGAGUACCUACAAUGUACCUAGGAAUUAUUGCACUUCCUUUGCCUGGAUUAAUUCUCUAUGGGUUUGGUAGAUUCAGAAAGAGCCCUCUUCUAUUCUGGAAAAGCUUGAUGGGUUUACUUUACUCCACCAUGCUUUCCGGUCUUAUCGUAACCGUCAUUAAAAACACAGUAGGAAGACCUCGCCCGGAUUUUAUAGCUCGCUGUAAUCCUCUUAGUUCAUCUCCUCAUACCGGAUUGGUGGAUCUCCAUGUUUGUACUACUUCUUGGGAGAGUCAUAUCUUGCAAGAUGGAUUACGAUCCUUUCCCUCCGGACACACUGCUUUUUCCUUUGCAGGACUUGGAUAUCUCUCCUUGUUUAUUGCCUCUCAACUGAGGAUGUUUCGUAAAAAGACCUCUUCUUGGGCGAUUAUUAUUACUGUUCUUCCAUUGAUGCUCGCUACCUGGAUAGGCAUUAGUCGUAAUGAGGAUUACCGACACCACGUAGAAGAUAUUGUCGUUGGUGGCUUUCUGGGAAUGGCCAUUGCAUAUGUUUGUUAUCGACAAAUAUUCCCUCCAGUCGAUGAUGCUCUGGCUAACAUUCCAUACGCUCAACUGGAGAUUGAUGAUGGUAACUCGGAUAGCAGACGAGUUGUAGAAGAAAUGGUAUAGAAUUUCGCUAAUGCAUACAGCUAGCGGGUUCUAUUCUCUGAUCAUCAAGCACACUCUUUUUUUAGCCAUGAAUUAUGAAUGAUUACACGCAUAAUAUACAUAAUAUUUUAUUCAACAGAAGAAAACAUGAAAAUUAUUUAUUAAC